AGUAAUAUAGCAACAUAUACAAAAUGUAAAUUCGUGGAAUGUUGUAUAAAUGAAUAUGUUAUUUCUGAUAUUGAUAAGUUAGAUGAUAUGUUCAAAAAAGAACUUUAUGGACAAACAAUUGCUCAAUCUGUAGUUAUAAAUGCUUUACGUGGUCAUUUAACUUCAUCUAAUCCCCCAAAGGCUUUGUCUAUGAGUUUUCAUGGGCCACCAGGAACAGUAAAUGACUAUAAGGAAGAACUAUACAAAAUCAUUAUUAAGAGUUUACAAAAUUGUGAAAGAUCAAUGUUUAUAUUUGAUGAAGUGGAUAAAAUGCCAGAAGGUGUACUAAAUGUUCUUGUACCAUUUUUGGAUUAUCAUACAAAAAUUAAAUUAUGGAGGCUUGAUAACAAUUUUAUAAAUACAACGAAAGCAAUUUACAUAUUUUUAUCUAAUACAGGCAGUAUUGGAAUUACACAGCGUUUAUUAACACUUUGGAAAGAAGGCAAACAGAGGACUAUGACUAAACUUCAAGACUUUGAGAACAUAAUAAGUGUUAGAGCAUUCAAUGAGAAGGGUGGUUUCUAUCAUAGUGAUACAAUAGACUCUAAUCUUAUAGACCAUUAUGUACCUUUUUUACCACUUGAAGAAGUACAUGUGAGAGAAUGUUUAAAAAAAGCUUUUGUAAAUAGAGGAGUAUAUCCUACCAGUGAAAUGAUAAAAGAAGCAUUGUCAUAUGUUACUUUUGGGCCUCCACCAGAUAAUAUCUAUGCAAUUGCUGGCUGCAAAAGACUGGAACAAAAAGUCGCUUCUAUCAUAUAUGCUAAUAAAAAACAAACAGAACUUUAA